GCGCGCGCCGCUCCGGAAGCCCCGCCGGCGGGCGCGCGGGUUGGCGGCGGGCGGCGGCCCCGCCCCGCGGCGGCGCGUGUUUCCGGCGGGCGGCGCCGCGCGGUGCUGACGCUGGCAGCGGCGGAGCCGGAGCAGGCGCGGGCCCGGCCGCACCAUGGUGGCCAAGCAGCGCAUCCGCAUGGCCAACGAGAAGCACAGCAAGAACAUCACCCAGCGCGGGAACGUCGCCAAGACCUCGAGGACGGCCCCGGAGGAGAAGGCGUCGGUCGGGCCAUGGCUGCUGGCGCUCUUCAUCUUCGUGGUUUGCGGAUCAGCCAUCUUCCAGAUCAUCCAGAGCAUCCGCAUGGGCAUGUGAGCGGCGCGCCGUGGGCAGCGGCCGCCCCGGCCCCGCCGCACGGACUGUCCCGGCGCCGCCAGCCCCGGGUCCCCGCGGAGCCGCGCCCGGCGCCGCCCGCCGCGCAUUCCAGGCCCUUCACGAGUCAUUCCGAGUUUUCUAGCCGUGCCACAGUGCCUUGACCAGCACCACAUGUACAAAGCAAUAAAAGUCUGUUGUUGACCUGCGGUCCUGGACCCACUUAUUCAGCGCAGCGUGCGGACCCGCCACGCUGUACGCCAUGUAGAUACUUAGGAGCCGGCAUCUGCUGUAAACGCCGCUUUCGGGAUCUGUUUGAGCCUCUGUAUAGCUGGAAAUGGUUUUAUUUAAGUCAGAAGCCGGGGCUUUUAUAGUCGCUGGAGCGCGGAGCAUGUUCAUAGCGAAGCGGUUGGCUGUGGCUUACCAAAGUGCGUCGUCCCCUCUGUACGCGUAGUCUCACUGCAGCAUGCAGCAGUGCGUUAGCGCUCCAACGCUUACUGCAAAGGAAACCCGCAUCCUGUGCCUCUUGUGCUAAUGCGUACAAAAUGCUUGUUUGUAUCGGGUCAGCGGGUGUUGCUCAGGCAGGAGCCGGCAGGACCGAGCAGACGCUGUUUGCGACGCGACCCGACGCCGGAGCCUCGGGGCACCGCGCGCCUCCCGCCGUGACCGUGACCGUGACCGUGACCGCCCGCUGAACGCUCCGGGGACAGCGCUCGACAAGCGCGACGGUGGCAACGUGACGGCGCUGCGUGGGAACCCCCUCCUGCCCACAGUCCUGCUUCUCCGUGCAGCCUCUGCGGCGUGUGGUAUGUCUUGCGAUACGUAUUUAAUCCUAUUUAAGGUAAAUCCUGCUUUCAACUCAAUUUCAUCUAGUGGUGGAUCCAGUUCCUAACUGCUUCCCUAUGGAUGGCCACAGCUCCUCCUUAGUGAUUACUGAAGAAAUAAAGAAAAUACCCCCUCCUCGCACCCAUGACGAGAUCACAGUGGCAGCUGCUAAGGACGGCCGUAUCCCAUGGCCGGUGGCCCGGGCCUGGCGCUGGCCGCUGCCUGCGGUGGGGCCCGGCCGGUCUGACGCUGAGCUGUGUGCGCAGCUGCUACAGGAAGAUUCCUUCUCUUUUUUCAGCUUUCUUAGCAGAAGACAAAUUUAAAAUCUGGUUGUGUUACAAGUGAUAGGAAGAGGUUUCUGUAGAGGUUAAUUACAUGCCUGUUAGCCGUGAAGGAGCUGAUCUUUUGUAUGAGUUGUCAUAUUUCAUAUAAAUCACCGGGGCUGGAGUGCAGCAGCGGGCCCAGCCCCGAGCUGACGGGCGUUCCUGUGCUUGGACGAGCUUAUUUUGUAAGUGGUGAUGGGGGAAGCGUGUGUGAUCUCUCAUUUUAAAUAAAGCUCUUUUCAAAUGCGA